AUGGCAAACUCUAGAGGUCCAUCAACAACAAGAAACAUGGUGUACAAUGGAAGACACUCUUUACUCCCCCCUAAAUGUCCAUUUCCAACCACUCCUCCAUCAUAUUCUGAUUACAUCUCAAAUCCUGCAAUUGGACCAAAAGGAAUACCAAAGUACAGAGAUGUCAAUUCACACCAUCAACGUGCUUCAUCUGAAAGCCUUCUAAUUGAAGAACAACCUUCUUGGCUUGAUGAGCUUCUUAAUGAACCAGAAACAUCUGUCCAAAGAGGCCAUAGACGUUCAUCAAGUGACUCUUUUACAUAUCUGGAAGCAGCCAAUUCUGUUAAUGUAGAAUACGGUGUAAAAGAUGAACACAAGAUAAGAAACUUAAUUUCUGUUCCUUCAUGGGGGUCCCACGAUUUUGAUUUUUAUAAAGAUGCUAGAAGUGUCCCAAAUAAUCCUUUGAUGAAUAUGAAUCCUAAGUCAAGGGCAUGGGAUUCACCUUCACCACAAAAUGGUCUUCAAAGAUCAGUAUCAUUGGGUGCUUCAAAUGAGAUUCGUGGGAUUGUUUCAUCAAUUAGGGAAAAACAAGAUGGAGUUGAAUCGGGCCCACAUGAUUCAUCUGAAGAUGCAAACCAUGAAAGAAAAGAUUUUUCAGAAACUGAUACAAAACGUGCCAAACAGCAGUUUGCUCAAAGAUCACGGGUGAGGAAGCUUCAGUAUAUUGCUGAGCUGGAAAGGAAUGUACAGGCUUUACAGGCAGAUGGAUCUGAGGUGUCAGCUGAGCUGGAAUUCUUAAACCAGCAAAGUCUUAUUUUGAGCAUGGAGAACAAGGCACUGAAACAACGAUUGGAGAAUUUGGCUCAAGAGCAACUUAUUAAGUGUUUGGAGCAUGAAGUUUUGGAGAGAGAACUUGGAAGACUACGAGCCUUGUAUCACCACCAACAACAACCACAACCACCACAAAGCCACCACCGGAGAACCGCCAGUCGGGAAAGACUCGAUUCCCAAUUUGCAAACCUUUCUUUGAAAAAUACCGACUCUACUUCUGUUCAUAACAACCCUGUUUCUAGCCACCAACAGCCGCCACGUAUCUAAAAAAUAAAAAUAAUUAUUUUCUAAUUUCAGUGGCUUGAUUUGGCUUUUGGGGUUUGUGUUUGUGAUAAAAAAAAAAAUAGCAUAAUCUUACAUGCGCCUGGUAGAUGUUCCCUUUGGAAUCGUUAAAUUUUCUGAUUAGGAACUCACCGGAGGUGGAAAUUUGGGGGAAAUGAUAUAAAAAGUUUUAGUUUCCCAUUUGGUGUUGGGUGGAUAGUUGUUGUCAUCAUAGACUUGUUUACUUUAAUCAUGAAAUCUCUUUGUAAUAAGACUAAUAAUCUUCUCAAUGAAGUUGAUGUUGGUUGUUCUCAUGGGAAAAA